AGAUAUUUUACAAUUUAAUAUGAGGUAAUCUAAAUGGGAAUCCUUCCAUUUUUGUGUUUUUUAAUUUUUCUCUCUCCCGACUCGCAACUCUCAAGUCCGUUGAAUUUUUUCAAAACUAAUACCAUUUCCAUUUACAUUUCAUAUCGGAAGACAGAAAUAUAUGCAACUGUCUCUGUUUGAGAGAUUUCUUUUUCAGAUUCCAAUAGCUCGCUCUCUCUGUUCUCAAAUCAAGAUCCAGAUCGAGCAGGAGGGAGUAAGAAGAUGAGCGAGAACCAGAGGUUCCAGCUAGGGACCAUAGGUGCCUUGAGUUUGUCGGUCGUCUCAUCCGUCUCCAUCGUUAUCUGCAACAAGGCUCUUAUUAGCACUCUCGGUUUCACUUUUGCCACAACUUUGACAAGCUGGCAUCUUCUUGUCACAUUUUGUUCGCUUCAUGUGGCAUUAUGGAUGAAAUUGUUUGAACACAAGCCUUUUGAUGCAAGAGCUGUCAUGGGAUUUGGCAUCUUGAAUGGAAUAUCUAUUGGACUCUUGAAUCUUAGCUUGGGUUUUAAUUCUGUUGGUUUCUACCAGAUGACAAAACUGGCAAUCAUCCCCUGCACUGUUCUUUUGGAGACCCUUUUCUUCAGGAAAAAAUUCAGUAGGAAUAUCCAGCUUUCAUUAGGUAUCCUUCUUGUGGGUGUUGGAAUUGCAACCGUGACUGAUCUUCAGCUCAAUGUCUUGGGUGCAGUCUUAUCUUUGCUGGCAAUUGUGACAACCUGUGUGGCUCAAAUUAUGACCAAUACCAUCCAGAAAAAGUUCAAAGUUUCUUCCACCCAGCUUCUUUACCAGUCUUGCCCCUAUCAAGCGAUAACCCUGUUCAUUAUUGGGCCAUUUCUUGAUGGGCUUUUAACUAAACUAAAUGUUUUCGCUUUCAACUACACUCCCCAAGUGCUGUUUUUCAUUGUUCUAUCCUGUCUGAUAUCUGUCUCCGUGAACUUCAGUACAUUUUUGGUAAUUGGAAAGACAUCUCCAGUCACCUAUCAGGUCCUAGGACAUCUGAAAACAUGCCUUGUUUUGGCCUUUGGCUAUGUUCUACUCCAUGACCCAUUUAGUUGGCGCAACAUACUAGGGAUUUUGAUUGCUGUAAUUGGUAUGGUCCUUUAUUCAUAUUGUUGCACCAUUGAGAGCCAGCAGCAGAAGGCUAGUGAAGUAUCUGCACAGUUGCCUCAGGUGAAGGAAAGUGAAUCUGAUCCUUUGAUUAGUGUGGAAAACAGUCCUGGGAUCUUGAGUGAUGGUGUUCAAAAAGGUCCUGUAUGGAAUUCAAAUAAGGACCUUCAGGCAUAGAACCUUGUCAAUUUCUGUUAUUGAUUUGCUCUGGAUGGAAAUUAGAAAUCAAAACUGUUCCAGUGAUGAAGAUGUUGCUGGUAAGGGAUGCCCCGUAUUGCAUAGUGACAGUCUGCAAAUUCUGAGAUUAUAACUUCUAUAAAAAGUAGUUUCAAGAGUUGAAGGAAAAGAAAUGCCUUAUUUUAUACUCUAGCAGUUAUGGAUAGAAGGCUUGUUAUCGGGUGUGGAAAAUUGGCAAUGGGAUGGAAUGCGAUGCAUGCCAUAAUUUGAAUUGUGAAACGUAUACUGAAUUUUCUUAGCUGCUAUUUCCGUUGAGAAACUUUCUAUAUUUUAGAAGAAGUUGAAGGCAUAUGGCUUGAUAAGAGUUAAAAUAAUAAAAUUUGCCUUUGUAGAAUCGAACGUUGCCUCACUUGUCUUACCCAUGUUCUCAGGGAUGGGAAGGAAGGAUGACCAACAUCCUGCUUGCUUGUUCACAAACAAUUGUGCUUUAUCAUAUGGGUGUCGAUAAAUUUAUGACAACCUUACCUGAUGCAGCUGUUGGUACCUUUUAAAAUGGUAAUUUUAUUGUUGGACUUUUAGAAUGUCAAAUUUUACAUUUUUGUUUAUUGUUGAUUGCAUAAUAAGUGAUAGUUUUCUCA